AUGACAACUACACAAGAGAAUUCUGACAAAAAAAAAAAUGCGAAGAAUGCCGCUCUUCUCGCUGCACCCGCCGCGAUAGCAAGGUCAUUCACAUUGCAAGCUCUGGCCUUGUUUUAUCGGACUCCGAUAAAGCUUUUCAGGCCUUUAAGGGUUGACUAUUUAAUAAUGGCUAAGGCUAUUAUGCCACCUCCCUCAGAAAAUAGCACGAGAAAUCUUUUUUACAGAACCAGCAUUGGCAUGAUAUCUAAUGCGGUUAAAUAUCACGGGUUUUCUUUCAUACCUCGUUACAUUCUCCCACCUUUUGUGGCAAACUCAGUAGUCGGCGCUGUUCUAUUUACAUUUUAUGUUUCUGUUCUUUCUAAAAUCAAUGGUACUUCGUCUUUUGACGCACCACCACCUCCAUCUCCGUUUCCAGCUGCAUUCUUUUCCGGGGCUAUAGCAGGCGCAGCCCAAUCGUUAGUAGCUGCGCCAUUAGACUCGCUGAAGGUCAGAUUUGAGGUUAACGAUCUGUUGGAUGGAAAACAUAGAAGUAUGUACGACUACGCCAAGAAGACGCUGAAGGAACUAGGUUUCGCGAGUAUCUAUCGAGGAAUCGGCCUGACGUUAAUAAAGGAUUCAUUGUCCUGUGGUCUAUUCUUUGGGGUGUUUGAAUUUGCCAAGCAACAAUUAACAGAUCAGCGGCAUUCACAAAAAAAUUCGUACGUUGUUAAUCCUGUUUUUGUACUUGCUGCCGGAGGUUUAGCUGCGGUAUCAUAUCAUAUAAUUGAUUAUCCGCUUGACAAGAUUCGGAAUGUAUUUUUAAUUGAGGAGGCACAGUCCGAAUACCAACAUGAGAAGAAACCAAGGUUAUAUAGAAUCACAUGGGAACAAUGCAAAAUGAGAGCUCGACGAACCGGAUGGUUUAAGUUCUUGUAUGGUAAUUUCGGAGCAGCUGUCUUGAGAGCUGUUCCUGCAACAAGCAUAGGAUUUCUAGUAUUUGAACUGAUGAAGAGGAAAACCGACUACUGCAUCUAA